GUCAAGCAUCAAGAAACGCGGUGUUAACGCUUAUUUUGACCGGUUUUUAUACGAUUUUUACAAAAAAUAUCGUCACAAAAUGAAGCUAGUAAGAUUUCUCAUGAAACUCAGCCACGAAACGGUGACAAUGGAACUGAAGAACGGGACACAAGUCCACGGGACCAUCACCGGAGUGGACGUGGCCAUGAACACCCACCUGAAGGCGGUUAAAGUGACUGUGAAGAACCGCAACCCGAUAACCUUAGACACACUAACGGUCAGAGGGAACAACAUACGUUACUACAUACUGCCGGACAGUUUACCGUUAGAGACCCUCCUCAUAGACGACACGCCUAAGGCCAAAGCUAAAAAGAAGGAAUCGGCAAGGGGGGCUGCCAGGGGUAGAGGAAGGGGGCGCGGCAGAGGCGGCCCCAGAGGCAGAGGUAGAGGAAGAGGCCGCAGAUAGUUAUGCCCUGUCUGAAUUUGUAUUACGUAUAAGUGUAGGGUUAAACGUGGAUUUAUUUUGGAUUAAACGUGGAUUAAUUUUUUACUACUCGUGUGUGUGUCAUUUAAUAGUUUUCUUGCCUCCUGCAGCGUACUUCACAAUUUAUUCGUAACGUGUGGGGACAGAUGUACCAGUGCGGUUUUGAAAAAUGUUAAAAUACGUCUAUCCCAGAUUUUGAAAUAGCAUAAAAUUCGGUUGGUAUUAUCGUUUAAGUUUGGUGUAAUUUUUGUGAGCAAAUAAACGGUAUGUUCUAUUUUUCUGUAUUGUAACGAAUCCUCCGAAAAUUAAAAUAUAAAUCUUUUUGUA